AUGUCAUCGAACGACGAACCGGUCGUCGCCCCUGCUCCUGUGGAGGUCGAUGAAAAUGAGCCCCCAGCUACACCGAUAGAGUCGAGCGUCGUCUCCGGAGGCGAAGAGUUGGUUAAGCCCAGCCCCGAGGUCUCCAAGGAAAGCCCCGUGGCCUCUCCAGCUAAGGAUAGCCCUGGUACCGCGAAGCGUCCUGUAUCUGGAACAGCUACCACCAAACGACCCACCUCGUCUUCUGCAUCGAAACCCACGAUGGGUACCACCCGCACGACCACCAGCACGCUGAACAAACCUCCCACUCGCCCCCCGACUACGACUAGCACCCGGAAGCCGCUGAGCACCUCGACUAUCUCGUCCCACCGGUCUCGCAUGUCAGUCAGCAGCUCUGCAGAUGAGAAGCCUCGUUCUGUGGCGAGCUCGGGAGAUGAGAGGCGGGGAAUCUCUGGUACUGCGAAGCGCAUGUCCAUGGCCGGUACCACCUCCACCCGUGCUCCUCUCAAACCUACCUCGUCUUCCAUCGAUCGUAGAUCGAGUGUUGUUGGUACCACCCCCGAGAGGAAGCCCGCCACUACAACUGCGCGCACCGCGACCUCGACAAGCAAGCCCGUAGGCAGGCUGACCUCAUCGACGACACCUGCAAGCCGGACUGCUACUUCCACCUCCACCACUAGACCUGCUACUACUCGGCCUACUUCGACUACGAGCACCGUUAAAUCUGCCACUGCAGCUGACCCUAAGAGGCGAUUGAGUACGCUUCCUGGCUCAAUUGGCCGUUCUGGUGAUUCCGAGAAGCUGCAGGCCCUUCAGACUAAGCUCACAGAGAGCGAGGAGACCGUCGCUGCUCUAAAGACUGAAUUGGAGACUGUCAAUGAGAAGCUCAGCCGGCUUUCUGUCUCGGCCGAAGAGCCCUUGGGUGAUGCUGGUGCCGCAGAGGCUAUUCGCGCGGAUCACACCGCAGAGAUUGAGAAGUUGACAUCAGCUCACGCCGAAGAGCUCCAGGCCCUGCAAGCGCGAUUAGACGAAGCGGAGUCCCAACGCAAAGAGCUGGAGGAGAGCUCGCAAAAGGAGCUGGAGGAAGCUAGACAAUCCGCCGCGGCGCAAGGGGACGACAAGACAGUUGCCCUUCUUGACGAGCUGAAGUCGACACAUCAAACUCAGCUUGAGGCUAUCGAAAAAGAGCUGGCAGAGUAUAAGUCUGCUGCUACUCACUUUGAGGAGCAGAUCAGUGCUCUGAAGAAAGAAAUAGAGUUCCAGAAGGUUGCCUUGGAGGAAGAGAAAGCUUUGGAUCUCGAACACUUCAACCGAGAACUCAAGGGCCGUGAUCAGGUCAUGGAGAACCUUAACACGGAGAUUGUUAAGCUGAAUACGCUCAAGGAGCAGGAGGUCCGUGCUGCAGAGGAAUCUGCUCAGGAGAGUGUCUCUGGUCUUCAAGAGCAAGUAGCCUCCCUCGAGGCGAAGCUUGCUGCGGCCGAGUCUGUUACCCAGGAAAGCUCUGAGCAGAAUACUUUGAUUGCCGAGAAGGAUCAAGAGAUCACUGAACUUAAGCAGGCCCUUGAGAAGGUUCAAAGUGAGCUCCAGGAGGCACGCGACACCGCGGCCACUGAAUUGUCAUCAAAGGUCGAGGAGUUGGAGACUGCCCAUGAAGCUGCUAUCGCAAGCCUCAAGGUCCAACAUGAAACGGCUAUCAGUGAUAUCUCGAUUUCCCACGCGGAUGCCAUGGCGGCGGCGGAAUCGAGUGGCGUAGAACACACCACCCAACUCCAGGAACUCCGUGAUGCCCUCGAGGCGUCUAAGGCCACUGCCCAGAAGGGACAAGAAGAUGCCGUUGCUGAGCUUAAGACAGCGCAUGAAGCAGAACUCAAAUUACUACAAGAAAAGCUGGAGGCUUCCGAGAAUGCCCUCGGCGAGUCCCGCCGUGCUCUGGAUGAGGGUAACGUCUCUGCACAAGACGUUGCCAUCCAGGAGAUUGACGCUCUUCGACAGAAGUGUGAGUCGCUGGAAUUGCAGCUGUCCACUGGAACUGGGAAAAUCAACGCCCUGCUCGAGGAGAUGCAGAGCAAGCAAGCCGAAGCCGAAGCUAUCCACCGCACUCUACGGGAUGUUGAAGACCACUCCAAGCAGGAGGGUGUUCAGAAGGACAACAAGAUGAAGGCUCUGGAGCAGAAGGCCGCAGAAGCCGUAUUCCUUCUCGAGCAACACACCUUGCAGGCUGCCGGUGUGUCUGAAAAGCACGCACAGGCUCUGGAAGACUUGAAGGCUGAGCAUGCUGCUCAGCUCGCAUCCGAAUUGGAGCGGGCCAAGGAGGCAUCGGGCUCCCAUGACAGCGCUCUGAGUGAUCUCCAGAAGAAGCACGAUGAGUUGCUUGCCACAAGCAAGGAACUGGAGUCUACCCACGCCACCCGGGUUCAGUCACUUGAGGCUGAAUUGAAGGCGGUACUUGAAAGCCACGCUCGUGAGAUUGCUACCCAUACCGAGGGUCGCGAAAAGGAGACCGCCGAACUUCAGAAUCAAUUCGAAGAGACUCAGGCAAAGUUGCAAGCCGAGCUUGCCGCUUUGCAGAGUUCGAGCAAAGCUGAUGCCGAGCUUCACGAGCAGCAAAUCGCCGAACUGCAAAAGGGAUUUGAAGAGACCAAAGCUAAGCUGCAGGCCGAGAUUGAGGCUGUUCAAACCUCUAAGGCUGCUGACGUCGAUGCUGAGCACAGCAGGGCAAUUGCAGAGCUGCAGCAGGGAUUCGAAGAGACCAAGGCCAAGCUGCAAGCUGAGAUUGAGGCUGUUCAAACCUCCAAGGCUGCUGAGAUCGAUGCCGAGCACGGAAAGGCAAUCGAGCAGCUUUUAACUAUGCACGAGUUCAAGCUAUCUGGCCUCAGGGAGGAGCUCGAAGCUUCUAACAAGACCAAGAUUGACGAUCUCCAGAAAGCUCACGAUACAGCCCUGGCCAGUGUCAACGAGCAGUUGUCUCAGGCCAAGGCUGCCGUCCAAGACACCUCCGCUCUGGAUGACUUGAAGACCACAGUCGCUGAUCUGCAGGCUAAGCUUGCUGACUCUGAGAAGGCCCACAUUGCGGUACAGGAAUCUGCCACCGCUGCUUCCAGGGACAUCGAGGGUCGUUACUCAGCUGAGCUCGCCAAGAUCCAGGCUGACCAUGCUGCACUUGGAGAGAAGUACCAAGCCGCCGUCGCCCAGGUGGGUGAACUCGAGAAGCUUGCCAAGGACUCGGACAGCCAGAAGUCGCACCUUGAGUCGAUUAUGAAGCAGCUCUCUGAAUCCCGCGACCAACUUCUCAAGGUCAAAGCCGAUAACGCCACCAUCUCCGACUCGCUCGUUGAUUGCAAGAACCAAAACAAGACCUUGUCCGAGAAGCUUGAAGCUGGUGAACGUGACCUGAACGAUCAGAUCGAUAAGAACAUGGGUCUCCUCAACAAGCUUGGCGAUGUUGAUUCCGACAUCUCUGCCAGCAGGCGACGGGUCCGCGAACUCGAAACCGAGCUCGCAGUUCUGAAGGCGGACAGUGGCGAGAAGAGCAGCUCUUCGGGCUUGGAGGCUAGCCGGUGGGCGACGGCUGAUGAGGGUAGCGAGCACGCUGAAGAUGGGGGUCCAGCCACAACGGAAGGUGAGGACCUAGGCCCAUCCAUUGAGGGAACGAUGGCAAGCAUGCAGGAACAGCUUAAGCACAUCCGAACAGCCAAUGAUGAUUGGUACAGCGAGCAUCACAGACUUAUUGGCGAACUUGCCCAACUCUCGCGGCAAUCAUCUUCCGAGUCUCUCAGCCCCUCGACCACACCCACUUCAGAAGUCCCACCAGCCCCUGAGCCAGAACCUACUCGCACCCGCGCAGCAACAGUCUCAUUUUUCAGUAAACGCUGA